GAAGCGGGAGCAGAGGCAGUGGACCAGGCCGCAGGGCAGUGAGAGGCAUGCACAAGUGCAAGUCGGACACCAGACUGCACGAGCUGCACCGGGGCCCACGCAGCUGCAGAGCCCCGCGGCCUGCCAGCAUGGAUCUCCUGCACCCACACUGGCUGGAGGUGUCCAGGGACACGACCAGACCACAGGCGGGACCCUCCGCCUUCCCACAGCAGGAGCUGCCCUGGGCCCCGCCUGCUGACACCGCCACUACGCCCUCCGUUGGCCCCGAGGCCACCUAUUCCAACGUGGGGCUGGCUACAAUCCCCAGGGCCAGCCUGGCAGCCAGCCCUGUGGUGUGGGCAGGGGCUUGGCUGACCAGCGGCUGUGCUGGGCCUGGGGCCAGACCCGUAGUGGCUGAGUAUGCCUGCAUCCAGAAGCUCAAGGGGACAGAUCGGUGCCCCCAAGAACCACACCAGGGAAAGACUGAGAUGACGCCAGCUGCUCAGGUAGACAUCUUGUACUCCAGGGUCUGCAAGCCUAAAAGGAGGAACCCAGAACUCACCAUGGACCAGCCAGACCCCAGUGGCAGGGGAGCAAUUCUGGCCCCAGAGAGUCUCUUGGCCCAUGAGGCCCUCCCGCUCAGGGGCCAAGGCAUGAACAACGGCCCCCUGGAAAAUGUGUAUGAGAGCAUCCGGGAGAUGGGGUUCCCUGAGAGCCUAGAGCCUCCUAGCUCUGUUAGUAUGAGCGGACAUAUUCAGGGCAUCAAGCCCCCCCAUCGCCUUCCACCUGUCUCCACCUAGGGAUGGGUUGGAGACCCUUCCCUGCUCUGAACACUCAAGUACAAAUGUUCCUUUCUCCGGAGU